AGCCAGUUCUGUUAUGUUGGAGUAAACAUAAACUCCUCCUUCCCGGUGACAGGCGGCAACACUGAAGCAUCGCCUCGCCUUUUCCAAGACAAUCUGCUCUCAGGACUUUAAUGUUGAAGCCGUCAAGGUGGUGAGCAGCAUCCCUUUAAGGCUUGCAGCUCUGCCCUACAAAAACUCCGGCUGGCUGCUGCUUGGUGAGCCCCUGAAAGUGAAGAGCUGAGACAGCCGCCUGGAUCCACGAAUCGUCUCUCCUCGCUGGGCUGUGAGACCAGACUUCACUCCCCCACCUCCAGAUUCUGUCCAAUUUCUCGCUGAAGAUGACAGCAACAAUGUGACUGCUGGACUAUGUCAGAACCAUGUGACCUGCUAUUAUGGAUCUGAGAAUCAGCAUACAUUGAAUCAACACUCAUCCAGUCACAAUGGUCCCACUUCUGUUUUUGGUGGCAACCACAACAACAUCCAAUUCCACUGGCAAUGGCAACAAUACACAAGAAGACUUAACAUCCUCCAGCAACCCCAUACUCCCCACCGUGCUGGUCCUGUCCCUUCUGCUGCUCAUCAUCGUACUGCUAGCCUGGUACUUCCUCAGGUUAAAAAACCAGAGAAAAGCAGUCGUCACAACAGUCGACAAGAAGAUACCAAAUGGCAUCCUGGAGGAACAAGAACAACAGACGGUGGUCCUUCUUCCAAGAUCGCCUUCAGCCUCUAAGACCUACUUACCCCUCCCAGUAGAACUCCUCGAGGAGGAGUACAGGCUUCGCUCAGCUGACGAUGGCAAGCUCUUCAGGGAGGAGUACAAUUCCUUGCCAGGGGGUAAUGCCCAGGGGACGUACGAGGAGGCCAACAAAGAGGACAACAAGGAGAAGAACAGAUACCCCAACAUCCUUCCUUAUGAUCAUUCCAGAGUGGUGUUGAAUCAGCUGGAUGGAAAUCCCUGUUCAGACUAUGUGAAUGCUUCUUACAUUGAUGGUUUCACGGAAAAGAACAAAUUCAUAGGAGCACAAGGUCCAAAAGAAGACACUGCAGCAGAUUUCUGGAGGAUGAUAUGGGAGCAGAAAGUAGCGACUGUUGUCAUGCUGACAAAUCUGAAAGAAAGGAAAGAAGACAAGUGUUACCAGUACUGGCCAGAUCAGGGCUGUUGGACCUAUGGGAAUGUGAGGGUGGCAGUAGAAGACUUCACUGUCCUCGUGGACUACACCAUACGCAAGUUCUGUAUACAAUAUCAAGCCACCGAUGCCGCUAAGACUCCCAGACUGGUAACCCAGCUCCACUUCACCAGCUGGCCCGACUUUGGAGUUCCCUUCUCGCCCAUCGGCAUGCUCAAGUUCCUCAAAAAGGUCAAGGUGGUCAACCCAACCUUCUCUGGACCUAUUGUGGUCCACUGCAGCGCUGGUGUUGGGCGGACAGGAACCUUCAUCGUAAUAGAUGCAAUGAUCGACAUGAUGCAUGCAGAGCAGAAAAUUGAUGUGUUUGGAUUUGUCUCCAAGAUACGAGAGCAGCGCUCCCAGCUCGUUCAGACGGAUAUGCAGUACUCAUUCAUCUACCAGGCCCUGCUUGAAUACUACCUCUAUGGAGACACGGAGUUGGACGUGUCAUCUCUGGAAGGUCAUCUGCACAAACUGCACAACACCUUUGCAGACGGUGACCGGGUCGGCCUAGAGGAAGAGUUUAAGAAAUUGACCAACAUGCGAAUAAUGAAGGAGAACAUGAGAACGGGGAACCUUCCUGCAAACAUGAAGAAGAACAGAGUUCUGCAAAUUAUUCCAUAUGACUUCAACAGAGUUAUUCUCUCCAUGAGACGAGGCCAGGAGUUCACAGAUUACAUCAAUGCAUCUUUCAUAGACGGCUACAGACAGAAGGACUACUUCAUUGCCACCCAGGGCCCUCUUUCACACACAGUAGAGGAUUUCUGGAGGAUGGUGUGGGAAUGGAAAUGUCACUCCAUUGUCAUGCUCACUGAGCUCCAGGAGAGGGAGCAGGACAAAUGUUACCAAUACUGGCCCACAGAGGACACAGUCACCUACGGAGAUUACACAGUAGAGUUGAAGGGAGACACUUUGUGUGACACCUUCAGCCUACGAGACUUGGUACUCACCUUUGUCCCGGAGAAGCAGACGAGGGUGAUCAGGCACUUCCACUUCCAUGGCUGGCCGGAGGUCGGCAUCCCAGCCGAGGGGAAAGGCAUGAUCGACAUCAUCGCCUCAGUGCAGAGACAGCAGCAGCAGUCUGGGAACCAUCCCAUCGUCGUACACUGCAGUGCUGGUGCAGGGCGAACAGGUACAUUCAUUGCACUGAGCAAUAUCUUGGAGCGAGUCAAGGCAGAAGGCCUGCUGGACGUGUUCCAAACUGUGAAGAGUUUACGCAUGCAGAGGCCUCAUAUGGUCCAAACUGUGGAACAAUAUGACUUCUGCUACAGGGUGGUACAAGACUUUGUCGACAUUUUCUCAGACUAUGCCAAUUUUAAAUGAUGAGAUUUGCCUUAAACAUGGUUUUUAAUGUUGUUUUCUAAAGCUGGUUUGUCAGUUUUAUGUGUUACUUUAACUUGGUCAAAUGAUCUAUUUUGCUAUGCACUUGUCCUACCAUUAACUGAAACUCCAUCCUCGCUGUAAUAUACUGUAUGUCAGUGGAUGAAAAUUGUAAAUGAAAAAAGUUAGAUUAAUAAUGUAUAUUUCACAUCAUGUAUGAUAAUUAUUUUGUCAUGAAGUGUUGUUCUGAACUUGGUCUCUUAUUUCAGUUUUGUUGUAUAAUACUGUACUUUAAAUGUUUAUCUAAGUGUUAUUUUGGAUUGACCACGUAAUAUUUUUAAAAGUUGUAGUUAUUGUAAAUGUAUUUAUGUAUUGAUGAUGACAUUCCAUUCUUGAGUUUGGAGAACACGACGGGAAUGUUAAGACUUUUUUUUAUGUAAAAAUACAGUCCAUUCUUUCAUUUAUUAGUGACUUCUAUCUGAGAUUAGAGGCGAUAUUUAAACUAUUUUUCAUUGUCCUUAAGCUACAUGCCCAUCACGAAUGUGAUACUCUUUCCAAUGGAAAUAUUGUCAGAAAAAGAAUAAAUCACUUCAGCCAUAAUGCAGAGAACGUAAAGUUAUGCAAAGAGGCCGAGGUGACGAUACAAGGAUUGAUUUCCAAUAAGGAUUCAGGCAGAAGUUUUAUAGUUAGACGUUUCAGAGUCGUGAAAGACCAUUAAACUGGUUUUAUACCUCAAAAAAAGUGGUAUGCAACUGCAUUUAACAUGGAUGUAACAUUACUACAGUCUGCCUUUUGUCUGUAGACAGCAAAAAAUAUUUUGCUAAAAUGACUGCACAUUAAAAAGCACAUAUAACGCAGCCUUUUGCCAAGAACCUGCAAUAUUCAAGAGUAUGCUUAUUGCUUCAUUUAUAUUCUAGAUUAGAAAAUUUUCAGAAAUCAGUGCCAUAUGUACAUUUUUAAGACAUGGAAAAGUAGAGCAACCCUAAGUUGAAGGCCAAGCACUGAAAGGUAAUCCUAAGAAAAGUUAAGGUAAGUGUGAUCACUGAAUGCAGUAGUCAGUAUGAUAUAAUGACAACUUGUGUCAGGUGCACAGUUAAGACAGGUAUUCAAAGUGUAACAUUAGAUGAGUCCAAAACCACAAUACACAAAUGUGGUGCUUCAGUGCCUGCUUAAUGCCAGAGCAACAAAAAAAACACCCCAUACUAUCAAUGUUCAGUUACUUUAUGUUAUAGAAUACGUGGGUUUUCACAUCAAAAUGAGGAACCAGAAGGUUUCAUAGAAAGGAUCUAGAGGUAGUUUCAUACGUAGGAAAGUAUCUGAAUGUGAAACAACUUUUCUGUGCAUUUCUUUGGAGGCAGUAACCCCCAUCCAUCUGGUACUCCAACAUUAAACCAAAUAUUUGGAAUGAUUUGACCCGGCUCUAAUUUAAUCCUCAAUGAGAUGUGUAAUUUUGUUGAUGCUGUAUGUAAAUAGUACAUGACAAAGUGCUAACAUUGUGAAAGUGGCUGAGCAGCAAGGAACUGUCACGUAAUUGGUUAUAUUUUGUGUUUCAUCUGUGGGAGAUUUGAAGUGCAGCACAAGGAGAGACUUAACAAAACAACCCGAGUCUACUUUCCUCAUGGCUUCAUUUCUGUCAAUGCUGUCCUUUUAAAAAUAUUGAGGAGAGUCUAUUUAGACUACACCUCUUUGCCUUUGCUCUCUCUGUGGGUGGUCUAUCCCCUUUGGAUUCUCAAUGUCUUUGAAAUGCAAGUUGCAAUAUUAAAUUCAUUUGAAAAUG